GGAACCGUCACGGAUUUGAGCGCAGAGAGAAGCACUGUGACUUAACAAGAAGGAUAACAUAUUGCUUCAUAGCGCCAUCCUCAUUUCUCUAUUUAUCCAUCCUUGUUUCCUCCAUUUCUUCUGCUGUUACGUCAGCCAUGGAGGGAGCUAUCGAGCUUCCUGGGGAGGCUGCCCCGCUAACCCCACAGGAGGUGCUCAUGGCCUUGAAGUCAGCCAGUUCUCACCAGCAGAACCUGAUAAGAUCGGGGACACAACAAAUGCAGACAUGGGAGGGCCAGCCAGGUUAUUACUCUUUGUUACAGUCAGCAUUCUUGGACACUUCACUGCCCACAGAUAUACGAUACUUGGCCGUCAUACAACUUAAAAAUGGAAUGGACAAGUAUUGGAGGAAGGGCGUAGCGAAAUGCAUACAGAAGGCCGAAAAGGAGGAGAUGAGAUCGAAACUGCUGGAGGGCGGUAUGGCAGAGGCAAACGUGCAGCUCGCCUUGCAGAAUGCCCUUGUGAUAUCCAAGAUUGCGCGGAUCGAGUAUCCCAAUGACUGGCCGGACGUCCUCACAUCUUUGAUAGCACUGAUGCGGGUUGCAAGCGAAUCGGACCAGCUUCGUUUACAGAGGGGCUUGUUGAUUCUUCUCCAGGUCGUGAAGGAGUUGGCUUCCGCUCGUUUAAGGAAGUCGCAGACGGCCCUGCAGUCGGUUACGCCGGAGAUUGUUUUCUUUCUAAGCAAUAUUUACACGCAGAAAGUUAACCAGUGGUAUGGUUUUCUCACCGCCGGCGGAGACGACGAAGGUGGUGCCAUGGAUGCGAUGGACAGCAGCCUUCUCGCGCUGAAGAUUCUUCGGCGCCUGUUGAUAGCUGGUUACAAAUAUCCCGCCCAUGAUAAAGAUGUCCAAGAGUUAUGGGGUCACUCGCAACUACAGUUAGGACAAUUAUUCGGGAUGAUUUCCCACGAGCCACCGUUGAUCUCAUCUCCUGCCAAGGACCUGGUGGAAAAGCACUUACUUCAGUUGUCUAAGUUGCACCUUGAAAUGGCGAAAACCCACGCAUCUUCAUUUGCCGCCCUUCCAAAUUCAGUCGAGCUGGCUCGCGGAUAUUGGGGUCUCAUUGAGAAAUAUGGAGAGGCAUAUGGCUCUUCGACAUUUACCUCAAAAACGGAUGCAGAUGCUGACGACGAAGAUGGCCGCCAUGUAUUGGAGAAGCUGGCAUUAAAGGGGCUAUCAUUACUCCGAUCAUGUCUGCAAAUGGUGUUCAGGCCAAAACUGUCGUUCGUGUAUCGCAGUGCCGAAAUAAAAGAGGCAGAAAAUGGACUUAUCGAUGUCAUCAAAUUCCAACUUCUCACAGACGAACUGGUCUCUCAGAUGGCAAGUGUUAUCGUCACGAAGUUCUUCAUUUUCCGCCAAGCAGACCUCGAAGCAUGGAACGAGGAUCCAUAUGAGUGGGAGAUACGAGAAGAUGCAGGUGGCGAUGGUUGGGAGUUUGAAGUCCGGCCAUGCUCGGAAAAGCUCUUCAUGGACCUUGUCAUCAAUUACAAGCAUCUCCUCGCGCAGCCGUUACUUAGCUUCUUCCAAUCUGUAACAGGAACGGACAAUGGGGAUAUUGUUGCAAAGGACUCUGUUUUUACGGCCAUGGGUAUCGCGGCACCGGUUCUAUCUGAUAGUUUCGACUUUGACUCCUUCUUGGCUUCGACACUAGUCAAUGAUGUUCACAAAACCAGCCCAGAAUACAAGGUCUUGCGCCGAAGAAUCGCAAUACUCAUUGGACAAUGGGUAACGAUCAAAAUAUCAACAGCAAACAGACCUCUUGUUUACGAGAUAUUCAAGCACCUACUUAACCCAGCAGACUCUGUCAACGAUCAGGUCGUCCGCGUUACUGCUGCACGGCAUCUUAAGUCUGCAGUGGAUGAUUUUAGCUUCGAAACCGAGCCAUUUCUGCCAUUUGCGGAGGAGUUCCUCCAUCGUCUCAUGGGGCUUAUCCGAGAGCUCAGCCAUGCUGAGACCCAACUAGCUGUCCUCGAGACCAUCCGUGUCAUCUUCAUACGCCUCGAAUUACAAGCCACGCCAUUUGCCGACGAAAUUGUCUCUCUACUCCCCGAUCUCUGGACUGCAUCGGGCGAAGAGCAUCUCAUGAAACAGGCCAUUCUUACCCUUCUCACAAAUAUCGUCAUGGCCACGAAGAUGCACUCCGUGCGUUAUCACCCUCUUAUCGUACCACUGAUUCAACGAGCCGUUGAACAUGGCUCGGAGAUGGCAGUGUACCUCCUUGAAGAGGCGUUAGAUCUCUGGUCCAGUAUGCUGGAGCAGACACCAGCAGCAGAAUCCGGUCCAGUGAUACCACUUGUCAACUUCGUUUUCCCUCUUUUGGAAAUUGGCAGCGACAGUUUAAGCGUGGUACUCGGAAUCUUGGAAUCAUAUGUACUCCUCGCGCCUGAGGUCAUGCUUGCUGACACCACUCGUCUUCGGGUCCUCAGCUAUAUGACCAAUGCUCUCGAGAUUCCGAAGCGCCAUCUCGUCGGUUUGGUGAUCAGCAUCGUGGAAAACAUGAUCCGCCGGGCCGAGAUCUUAGGUGGCACCAACGGUGUAGUUGCCGUGGCAAAAGACCUCGUCGAGAGUGGUUUCAUGGAGAAAAUCCUCACCGGGCUCCACGGGGCGUGGGAAGCACACCAAACCACCGGCCCAAAUCGCCGCUACCCCAAAAUCAGCGACGUUGUUGAAACGGACUACUUCACCAUCAUCGCCAGGCUUGCGAUUACCGACCCUGCGACAUUCAUAGGCACCAUCUCGAGCGUUGGGCCUCUAGAAUCGGUGUGGGGGUGGUUGAGCACGGAGUGGUUCUUGCACUUUGAUAGCAUGGCGAAUCCGCACCGGCAGAAGUUGUCGUGUCUAGCGCUGACACGUUUAUUGGAGCUGCCACCGCCGAUGACGGGGCUGGUGCUGCAGAAGCUUCAGGAUUACUUCGCCAUGUGGUCGAGCGUGAUAGCUGAACUUCUCGAUGGCUGGGGAGAGGGUCGGGAGGCCCUCGUAUGGUCGGAGGAGACUCCACAAGAGCCAAAGGAGUGGGACAGCAUGCAGGAUGGUCGAAAAAAGGUUUUGGAGAGAAACGAUCCUGUGCAUACUAUUCACGCGCAUCAGUUCACGAAGGAGAGAUUGGGGGGGUUGGUGCAGAGUGCUGGUGGUGAAGAGGCAUUCCAGAGGGAUUGGUUGGUCAACGUUGAUGGUGAUAUAGUGAAGGCGUUUCAAAAGCUAGGACAGACCCAAGUGGAGACGGACUAAGUUGUUAUAGCCGAGGAAGGUAUCGUGCUGGGAGGCAGGUCAAAUAUUCGCCGAGAAGAUGGCAUAUGGGUGACGGAGUAGGAGGAAUAGCCCUUAUGAAGAUAAAGUCGAUAUCGCGUCUGGGGGUCCGAAUGCGAUAUUGGGGUGGAUGUCCAUAG